AUGGGAAAACCAGGAUUUUCACCAGGUGGAUUUAGAGGUAAGGGAGGUGGUCGAGGAGGAGGUAGUGGACGUGGUGGAGGAAGAGGUGGAAGUGGUGGUGGUCGAGGUAGUGGUAGAGGAGGAGGUGGUGGAAGAGGUGGUGGAAAUACUCCACGAGGACGUGGAGGAAAAGGAGGAAGAGGACGUGGAGGAGGUGGUUUUAAAGGUGGAAAAACUGUUGUCAUUGAACCACAUCGUCAUGAAGGAGUUUUUAUAGCUAGAGGAAAAGAAGAUGCAUUAGUUACUUUAAAUUUGGUACCAGGUUCAGAAGUAUAUGGUGAAAAAAGAAUAAGUGUGGAGGGUGAAAAUGGUGAAAAAAUUGAAUAUAGAGUUUGGAAUCCUUUUAGAUCAAAAUUAGCUGCUGCUAUACUUGGAGGAGUAGAUCAAAUUCAUAUGCCUCCUGGAAGCAAAGUUUUAUAUUUAGGUGCUGCAUCUGGAACUACAGUGUCGCAUGUAGCAGAUGUUGUUGGACCAGAAGGACUCGUAUAUGCUGUAGAAUUUUCUCAUAGAUCAGGCAGAGAUCUUAUAAAUGUUGCUAAGAAACGAACAAAUAUUAUUCCUAUAAUUGAAGAUGCAAGACAUCCUCACAAAUAUAGAAUGCUUGUUGGAAUGGUAGAUACAAUAUUUGCUGAUGUGGCACAACCUGAUCAAGCCAGAAUAGUAGCUCUAAAUGCUCAAUAUUUCUUAAAGAAUGGAGGUCAUUUCGUUAUUUCUAUUAAAGCGAGCUGUAUAGAUUCUACAGCUCAACCUGAAGCAGUAUUUGCAUCGGAAGUAAAAAAAUUAAUUGCAGACAAAUUGAAACCUCAAGAACAAAUCACAUUGGAACCAUAUGAAAGAGAUCAUGCUGUUGUAGUUGGAGUUUAUAGGCCACCACCUAAAAAAGCUACUUAAAAUUAUGUAUAUAUAUAUAUAUAUAGAUAUAUAUAUAUAUGUUUUAUCUAUUUACUAAGAAUGCAUCAUAUGAUUAUGAUUAUGAUCCUUAGAACUGAUCCUUAUAUAAUAAGUUUUAAUUAAAAAAUGAAAAAAUAGGAAUUAUUUGUAAUAUAAUGUAAAGUAAUUAAUUAUGCAGAUAAUUAGAGUAUUUUCUACAAAA